AUGGGCGACGGGCGGGGGAGCCCCAUGUACCUGCUGUGCCAGGGCCACAGGGGGGACCACGACGACCAUAGCAGCCCCGUGGCCCCAGGGCCCAACGGCCAUGCGGGGGGCGGUCUCAGUGUGGGGGCCGGUCUCGGUGCGGAGCGCAGCCUCGGUGUGGGGGCCGGUCUCGGUGCGGAGCGCAGCCUCGGUGUGGGGGCCGGUCUCGGUGUGGAGUGCGGCCUCGGUGUGGGGGCCGGUCUCGGUGCGGAGCGCAGCCUCGGUGUGGGGGCUGGUCUCGGUGUGGGGGCCGGUCUCGGUGCGGAGCGCGGCCUCGGUGCGGAGCGCAGCCUCGGUGUGGGGGCCGGUCUCGGUGCGGAGCGCUGCCUCAGUGUGGAGCGGGGCCAGGAGGAGGCCGGUGACAUCGCGCGCUACUCUCCUGUUUCACUGGAACAGGACUCCGCGGUGAAUAAUGGAUCAGGCGUUCCCCGCAGCCCGCUUGGCCACACAAAGGACCCGGCCGUGCAGAUCGACGGGCAGCCAUCCUCCGAGCUGCGCUCCGCCCGCCCUCCCAAACACUUCCAGCACCCCUACCGCACCAAGACUAGCAUGCAGGGGGAUGUCUACAACUUCCUGGAGAGGCCCGCGGGACUGAAGUGCUUCCUCUACCAUUUCCUAGUGUUUCUGAUGGUGCUGGUGUGUCUGAUCUUCAGUGUGCUCUCCACCAUAGAGCAGUAUGCAGACUUCGCCAGUGGGACACUCUUCUGGAUGGAAAUCGUCCUGGUGCUGUUCUUUGGCACGGAGUACGUGGUGCGCCUGUGGUCUGCGGGCUGCAGGAGCAAAUAUGUUGGCAUCAAGGGCAGACUGCGCUUUGCCAGGAAACCCAUUUCCAUCAUAGAUCUGAUCGUGGUCAUUGCCUCAGUCAUCGUGCUGAGUGUGGGCUCCAAUGGUCAGGUGUUCGCAACAUCCGCCAUCAGGGGGAUCCGUUUCCUACAGAUUCUGCGCAUGCUGCAUGUGGAUCGACAGGGGGGCACCUGGAGGCUUCUGGGAUCUGUAGUCUUCAUUCAUCGACAGGAGCUGAUAACCACGCUGUACAUUGGCUUCCUGGGGCUCAUCUUCUCCUCCUACUUCGUGUAUCUGGCAGAGAAGGACGCGGUGGACGAGGAGGGGAAGACCGGCUUCUCCAGCUAUGCCGAUGCCCUGUGGUGGGGUGUGGUUACUGUGACUACGAUAGGCUACGGGGACAAAGUUCCGCAGACGUGGAUAGGGAAGACCAUCGCCUCCUGCUUCAGCGUAUUCGCCAUCUCCUUCUUCGCCCUGCCUGCGGGAAUUCUGGGCUCUGGGUUCGCUCUGAAGGUGCAGCAGAAACAGAGACAGAAGCACUUCAACAGACAGAUCCCUGCUGCAGCCUCACUGAUCCAGACGCUGUGGCGGUGCUACGCCGCAGAGAAACCUGGAGGCUGUCCAGCCACCUGGAAGAUGUACGUGCUGACCAGCGACUACGUGGCCGCCAUCAGCUCGGAGAACUCCAGCCCCAACUUCAGGAUCCUGAGCAAACGGCCCAAAAGGAAAGCCAAGCCCUCUCGCGACAAUGGAUCGGUGGGCACUGUGAUCCUCGAUGAUAAAGCCUUGUCCAUUCCCCAAAUCACGUACGACCACAUCGAGGACAGAGAGGAGAAGAAGGAGGGCUCCUUCUUCCUGGAGGAGCCAGCAGGACUGACGCGGAUGUUCAGGCAAACAGGCCAGCUACACUCCUGGUCCUCCUUCACUCUGAGCUGUCCUGCCUCUCCAGUUAAGAAAAAGCUGGAAAGUCCCUCCGCAGACAUUUCACGGACUAGCAGCUUUGUGGACGACAUGGACUUUGUCAGCGAGGAUAUUCCUCUGCCCGUGGUGACUGACUCAUCGCAUCUGUUAACAAGCUCACUGGGGGCAGAGGAAGAGCUUUCAGUGAAUAUUUUUCAGUUACACAGUAAUAUGUUGUCACACGCUUACAGGUCGGCAGUCAAAGUCAUCCGAAGAAUGCAGUACUUUGUGGCCAGACGGAAAUUUCAGCAAGCCAGGAAGCCAUAUGACGUGCGGGACGUGAUCGAGCAGUACUCCCAGGGACACCUCAACAUGAUGGUACGGAUUAAAGAACUGCAGAGAAGGCUGGACCACACGCUGGGAAAACCAGGGAUGUUUCUGCCGGAGAAAGGUGUGGACAAAGAGUACUACACCGUUGGAGCCAGACUGAUCAGACUGGAGGAUAAGGUGACACAGAUGGACCAGAAGAUGGAGGAGGUUCUGCGGAUCCUGCAGGAACGGUUCCGGCCGCAGCCCGAGCUGCUGUACUCGCCCCCCCGCUGCAGCUCCAGGGUCACCGUCAUGAAGCACCUGGGCGUCAGCGUGGAGGAGGGCCAGUGACAUCAUCAGCAGCCCUGGCUCUCAGAUGCAGGGCGGCAGCCGGUCGCAGGGCCGAGACACCACCCCCCGCCCCCCUCACAUGCCAACCACAGUGACCUCUGACCUGCAGAGGCAGCACAAAGGGCCUGGCC